AAAGGAAGUCCUGUUUCGGUCGGCCUAACUGACUCGGGUAAAACUUUCAGGUUGCUGAAAUAGAAAAUAGUAAUAUUUUAAAUAGAUUUGAUUUUCCAAGGUCUGUUUUUUGUUUUUAAAAAUUUAAUAACGAAUUAGAUUAAAAAUACAUAAUUACUAGAAGGGAAAAAAGCAACAUUUUGCAAGUGUUCAUAUUUGAUAUGUAGAGGAAGGUCAUUUUUUAUUGAUCACGAUAACAGCAGCACUUCAUAUCAUCACGUUACUUCAUUCAAGAUGUUGAUUUGGAGCGUAUUAUUACUUCUUUUCGCAUUAAUAAUUUUAUGGAGAUAUGUUUUCGAAAUAAUUAAACUUAGAAGAAAAUUAUCUUCAUUUCCUGGGCCUAAGUUGGAUAAUUUCCUUCUAGGAAAUUAUAAUCUUUUCUCGACAAAAGGAACGAACAUUCCUUUCCAUAUCCAAUUUCCGAUGACGUUAUUAUCCUUGGCUUCAACUUAUCGAGAACAUGGAUUAUGUCGUAUUUGGGUAGCUGUUGAUCCUUACGUACUGAUUUUUUCGGCAGAAACUAUUGAACCCAUUUUAAACAGUCACACGUUAAUAACUAAAGACGAUACAUAUAAACUACUUCAUUGUUGGCUAGGGACGGGUUUAGUAACGAGUACUGGUAAUAAGUGGAAAAUCAGAAGAAAAAUGAUUACUCCGACAUUUCAUUAUCGAAUUCUUGAUCAAUUUCUUCCGACGUUCGACAAAAAUGCAAAGAUAUUCGUUAAAAACCUUGAAGAAUAUGAAAGUGAGGAUUGGAUAGACAUUUUACCAUUAGUUACUCUUUGCACUUUGGAUAUAAUCUGCGAGACGGCGAUGGGAGUUGAAAUAAAAUCACAGGACAAACAGUGCAUGGAUUAUAUUGAAGCUCUGCAAGAGUUUUCUAAUAUACAUUUAGAAAGAUCUAUGACGCCAUGGUUAUUUAAUGAUUUUAUUUUUAAUCUCACAUCUAAUGGGGCUAAACUAAAAAGAACUUUGUCUGUACUUCAUGGCUUAACUAGAAAGAUCUUAAAACAAAGAAAGGAAGAACUGAAAACGUCAGUCGAUAAUUUGACAGAUUCCUCUAUUGGAGAAAAGAAAAAAGAACCUCUUCUUGAUACUUUGAUUAAGCAUCAGUUUCAAAAUAAAGAUUUCACCGACCAAGACAUUUGUGAAGAAGUUGAUACUUUCGUAUUUGCAGGUCACGACACAACUUCAAUGGGCAUAUGUUGGGCACUUUAUCAUCUAGGGCUCCAUCAAGAUAUUCAAGAAAAAGUGUAUGAAGAACUCCAAGGAAUAUUUGGAGACGAUAAAGAUAAAACAUUAACUGCGGAUGACAUUAGAAAAAUGAAAUAUUUGGAAUGUGUCCUAAAGGAAUCACAACGAAUUUCUCCAUCCGUACCGUUAAUUGGACGUUCGUGUACAGAAGAUUUCAAAAUCAAAAACUAUACGAUUCCUCGAGGUACAUCUUUCAUGUUGUUUACUUAUGCAUUACAUCGCGAUCCGAAAGUAUUUCCCAAUCCAGAAGUGUUUGAUCCGGAUAGAUUUCUCCCAGAAAAUUGCAUCGGAAGACAUCCAUAUUCAUUUAUUCCUUUUUCUGCUGGUUCUCGCAACUGUAUUGGUCAAAAAUAUGCUAUGAUGAAACUGAAGACAAUUGUUAGCAGGGUUAUUAUGAAUUAUAAGGUUGAAUCAAUAGAUCCUCCAGAAGAUAUACUUUGCAGUUUCUUGCUGGUUCUUAGACCUGAAGGACAAUUAAAAUUGAGAUUGAAAAGAAGAAAAUAAUACAUAAAAUUAUUUCUAAAUAAGAAAUCGCUUUAAUAAU